GUGAUCCGCUUCCAUUCUUGAUGACGUCCGAUAUCCAUUCAUUGAAACCAUGAAUAGACUCAAAAUUGUUAUUAAUCUCCGAUUGUAUAUCCAUAAACCGGUUUGCCGAACGGAAAUAGCCCUUUUCGGCCCGAGUCAGGCAGUCGGAAGCUGACGUGAGCAUUUGUGAUGAUGACAAUUAUACCCGCUCAUUUACUCUGCGCGGUUAUUCAGAACAGGAGUGGGUUUCAAUCUAUGAUCGUAACUUCGGAAAAGGACCUAACCUAAUCUGUUCCAUGGUUAAUGAGAUCGACAUCGUGUAUGGCAUGGCCUCGAACAUACCAUCCCUCUGCAAUAUCGACGACAUAUUUUCUGUACAGUGGUCCACUUGACGUAGAUGACCCGCAACGAAUGCUUAUGCAACAGAUUACUGAGGAUUACUGGAGAUUCGAUGAAAACUUAAUGGAAGACCAGACCGCAAGCCAGCACUGUAUAUAAGCUGUGUGCGAGGAUCUUGGGAAAUGGCGCUCUGUUAUCCCAGACAGUCGGUUCUUGUUUUAUUGACUGCCUGCAUAUCUGUGCCUGCCCACUAUGACACGCAGUCUGGCUCUCCUCGGAGUGCUGCCCUCCUUGCAGCGGCCGUUCCUCAGCCUCACUUGCCUCAUUUGUCGAAUUCUAACUACGACUAUAUUGUCAUUGGAGGAGGCACUAGCGGUCUAACAGUCGCCAACCGUCUGUCGGAAAAUCCGAAUCUCAACGUUCUCGUCAUCGAAGCUGGUAGCUCAGUUUUUGACAACCCCAAUGUCACCGAUGUGAACGGAUACGGACUAGCAUUGGGUACUGACAUUGACUGGCAAUACGAGUCUGUCAAUCAGACAUAUGGAGGUGGCUCUCCCCAGGUUCUUCGUGCCGGCAAGGCCCUGGCUGGUACCAGUGCCAUCAAUGGUAAGGUUCAAAUUCGAUCCUCACACAUGCGCAAAUUGAGCUAAUCAGUGAGAUAGGAAUGGCUUACACUCGUGCUGAGGACGUCCAAAUUGAUGCCUGGCAAGCUAUUGGCAACGCGGGCUGGACUUGGAAUAGCCUUUUCCCUUACUAUCUGAAGAGUGAGAACCUGACUCGUCCUAACCAACAACAAAUUGAAGCUGGGGCUUCUUAUAAUCCAGCUGUCAAUGGCGAGGAGGGUCAUCUCCAUGUUGGCUUCAAGGAUUAUCCUGUUGGCGAUCUCACGACUUAUUUGAACCAGACCUACCAGGGCCUUGGGAUCCCAUGGACGGAGGAUGUAAACGGUGGAAAGAUGCGUGGCUUUAAUAUUAUGCCUUCCACCAUUGACUAUGCCGCCCAGGUGCGUGAGGAUGCUGCGCGUGCGUAUUACUGGCCCUUCAAAUCUCGCGCCAAUCUCCACGUCAUGCUCGACACAUUUGUGAACCGAAUUGUGUGGGACGGCAAGGCUCUCGAUGGCCAGGUGACCGCGCAGGGCGUCGAGGUGACUUCGAGCAACGGAACUGUCAGUGUGAUCCCUGCGAAGCGAGAAGUCAUUGUAUCGGCAGGCUCUCUGAAGUCUCCCGGCAUUCUUGAGCUCUCAGGUAUCGGCAAUCCCGCGAUCCUUAGGAAGCAUAACAUCCCCGUUCAGGUCGAUCUACCCACCGUCGGCGAGAACCUACAGGAUCAAACGAACACUGAUAUGGGGGCUUCUGGUUUCCGCAACAUCACUGGUGCCAAUACACUUGUUUACCCAAAUAUUUACGACAUUUUUGGUAACGAGACUGAAUCCUUGGCCCAGUCCCUGCUCCACAAGUUGAAACAGUACGCUUCGGACGCGGCGAAGGUCAGCGGCGGCACCAUGAAGGAAGCCGACCUAGAACGUCUCUUCCAGUUGCAGUACAAUCUUAUCUUCAAGGAGAACGUACCGAUUGCCGAGAUCAUUAUUUCUCCUGGCGGUGGAAAGGCAGUAGCUUCUGAAUACUGGGGUCUUCUCCCCUUUUCCCGAGGCAACGUUCAUAUCUCCUCAUCUAGCCCUCUUGAUAAACCAACCAUCAACCCCAACUACUUCAUGUUCGACUACGAUAUGGAUAUCCAUGUUUCUAUCGCCAAGUUCAUCCGCCGAAUCUUCGAGACUGAGCCCAUGCGGGGCCUCAUCCAGGAGGAGACCGCCCCUGGUUUCUCUGCCGUUGCCCAAAACUCUUCUGAUGAUGCCUGGAAGAACUGGCUUCUUGAUGGACACUAUCGCUCCAACUUUCAUCCUGUCGGCACAGCCGCAAUGAUGCCUCGUUCUCUUGGUGGUGUUGUGAAUGACCAGCUCACUGUCUACGGUACUACCAACGUCAGAGUUAUCGAUGCCUCCAUUGUUCCAUUCCAGGUUUGCGGGCAUUUGACGAGCACCCUGUAUGCAAUCUCAGAGCGGGUUGCUGAGAUCAUGAAGAUGGAGGCUGCUUUCUGAGAUGUUACGUGCCAAGUCAUGUUAGAUAGAUAGCAACGUCAGGUUGCAUUAGACAUAGUUAAUACUAUUGGUUAUCCUAC